GCUCCCUGCUCUGCGCUGGGAAAAAGCGGCCGACGGAUUAUCCAGCUCGGUAACGUUAGCUCGUCGGCUAACGGUCAAGACAGACACCGAGAAGCGCCAUGAAAAGCGGCCGGAGCCAGUGAAAGUUAGUCACGGCUUACUUCGGGACUUUAAUGUAUGGAAAUAAACAAAAAAGGACGUUCGCGGAUCAUGCCGUCGCCCCCAACGGGGACUUUUCUCUAGUAUUUCCACUUGGGAAAGGCUAGCUCAGGGGCUAGCGAGGCUACAAACUAUUUUUAAUUGGCUUUGGGCUCAAUGGCUCUCGCUUGUUUUUCCCUGUCAUAGCGACAGCUUGGGAAAUUAAAACGGGGAGAGGCCCUGAGAACUUCAUGACAAACCAAAGCCCGGCUUUGAAGCGUUACUUCGGAAGACUAGACUGGCAAAGGACCGAAAAUGAAGAAGCAGUUCAAUCGGAUGAAACAGCUCGCCAAUCAAACAGUUGGCAGAGCGGAGAAAACAGAAGUCCUCAGCGAUGACCUCCUGCAGAUCGAACGGCGCAUGGAGUUGGUGCGUGUGGUGUCCCACAACACACACAAGAGGAUGGUGUCAUGUCUGCAGGGACACAUCGGUGCAGAUGCAGAGAAGAGACAUUCCGUACCACGCCUCUAUACAGGAAAUGGGCAGAAAAAGCUUCCUCUGACAGCACUAUCCCAAGCGAUGGUGGAAGGUGGAAACCAACUGGGAGAGGACUCCUUGAUAGGGAAGAUGAUGGAAGUGUGCGGCGAGGCAGAGAAUCGUCUGGCAUCAGAAUUGAUGCAACAUGAGCUGCAGAUAGAGAAGGAUGUUCUGGAUCCCCUCAGCCAGCUAGCAGAGGUCGACAUCCCCAACAUCCUGAAGCAGAGGAAACAGCUGGCCAAACUAGUGCUGGACUACGAUUCUGCCAGAGCAAGAUGGUUGCAGGCAACCAAGUCAAUAAUCUCAGGAACAAAUACACAAGCACUGACGGCCAAAGCUGACCUACUCAAGGAGGAGGUGGAUGAGGCCAUGAACAAAGUGGAGCUUUGCAAGGAUCAACUGGCUGCAGACAUGUACAGUUUUUUCUCAAAGGAAGGCGACUAUGCCUGCUUCUUUGUAACGCUCUUAGAAGCUCAAGCUGAUUACCACAGAAAGUCUCUCACUCUUCUGGAGAGCGUCUUGCCAACCAUCCAGGCUCAGCAAGACUCGUGGACAGAGAAGCCUGCGUUCGGCACGGGGCUGGAUGAACAUCUGAAAAGGAGCGGAAGGGAGAUCGCCCUACCAAUAGAAGCCUGUGUUAUGAUGCUUCUGGAGACUGGCAUGAAGGAAGAGGGUCUGUUCAGAAUCGCAGCCGGGGCAUCCAAGCUCAAGAAGCUAAAGGCGGCACUGGACUGUUCCACUUCACAACUGGAGGAGUUCUACUCCGACCCCCACGCUGUCGCUGGAGCACUGAAGUCCUACCUGAGGGAGCUGCCUGAACCUCUAAUGACCUACCAGCUUUAUGAUGAGUGGAUCCAGGCGUCCAGUGUGUCAGACCCAGACAAGAGGCUCCAGGCACUCUGGGUUGUUUGUGAUCAGCUACCAAAGAACAACAGAACCAACCUGAGGUAUCUGGUGAAGUUUUUAGCCAAACUGGCUCAGGACAGCGAGGUGAACAAAAUGACUCCCAGCAACAUUGCUAUAGUCCUGGGACCCAAUCUGCUCUGGGCCAAGACUGAGGGGACUCUGGCUGAGAUGGCUGCAGCUACCUCUGUGCACGUGGUGGCCAUCGUGGAGCCCAUCAUCCAGCACGCUGACUGGUUCUUUCCUGAGGAGGUGGAGUUCAACGUGUCCGGCAUGUUUUCAAUGCCCAUACCUGCAUCCAACCACAACAACCACCUAGAUUAUGACUGUGGCACCAUUGAGAGGAAGAGGCCUGGCAGUAUGGUGGUACCAGAGAACGACACAACACGCAAAGACAACACCCCUAACAAGCACUCGGACCACACCCUUCGUAGAGGCAGUAACACCUUAGGUAGAAAGCAGCACACUUCACCUGCCUUCCAGCCUCCUUUACCCCCUGUGGAGGCUCCAGGGCAGGGGCACGGGGCCGGGCAGGUCCCCCAGCCCGCGGCCGAGCCCCAGCCCCAGCCGCAGGCUCCUCUUGGGGGUUCAGGGUCUGACACAGCCCAGCAUAGCUUGGCGCAGGGUUUGGCAGCUCUUGCAGCCGCUCAGCAGCUUCUAGCCCAGCACACAGAAGAGCUCAGCAACCCAAAGCUUCGUGACUCCACGACCGCCCCGACCCCCCUGCUCCAGAGGAAUGGCUCUGGAGGAGGCGGCCAGGCUGCAGGACAGCUGGGCACCGGGACCCCCGGGGCAGGAUCCAUGGGGCCCAGUCCUCAUAUGAUGCGCAGAGGUACCAAGAAACAGGCUCCUGCCCCUCCCAAGCCGACAAACCCUCCUCCCUGCCAGCCCUGCAAUUCAGUGAACCACACCUCCUCCUCAGGCUCAUCCCAGUCCCUCAGCCCGACUCCCAGACCCCUGUCCAGCCACUCCCCCACCUCGCCCACCUCUCCCACCUCCCAGCCAUGUGCCACGCCCAGACGCCACUCCAGCAACCAGCCGCCGAUCCAGGCGCCCAGCCAUCCGCCCCCAGAGCCCCCGACGCAGGCCAGCCCUCCGACACAGCUCUCAUCACUCGGUCAGUCCGGCGGGGACCAGCAGAGCGCGGACCCCUCGCCUCCAAGCACCCCGACCCCUCCGGACACCCCUCCGCCCUCCACUGCCACCCAGGAUGUAGCUGCUCCUCCGUCCCCGUCUCCCUAUCAGUCGGGCUCUCUUCCGCGGCCGCGACCCGUCCCCAAACCCCGGAACAGACCGAGCGUCCCGCCGCCACCCCAACCCACCACACUGACCAAUGAUACUAAUGGGAUCUGUGCCACUGCUUACAAGAUGAUGGACCCGGCGAUGUCUUUCAAAGGGCUGAGUCGUGCUUUGGUCCCUGAGCUCGCUGUAGACCAGCAGCCAGCGACGGCCCCCGCCUUGCCUCUUCCCAAAGACUGUGACCUGGACACCGAGAGCACUGUCCUAUAAGGAGGACAUGAGGAGCUGAGGACACGCGCGCCGCUCCAGUGCGCCCACGCUCCUCCUCUCAUCAGACACACACCUCAUUUAGUCUCCUUCUGUUUUAGUCCCAGCUCAUAUCUGCAGCCCUCGACCUCUGCUGUUAUCUUCUCCCAGUCCAGUGUAAAUGAAGGACUUUAAUGUGACAUAAUGCAGCUUCUGGCAGCCAUGAUGGAGGUUACAGAGCUCUGGGUAAAUAAAGGCUAUGAUAGUAGAUUGUGUUGAAUAGGCGCGGUUAAUGUCAAAAUAAAUAAGGCGGUUUAUGAGAAACCAAAGUAUCAUCUUGUUUCGAGCACAUUUGAUUGAUUAACCGAUGUAGCUGCCGCGCCUGAACAUCACUUACUUUUAAUAUUACUGAUGCACAUUAGUUGGAUUAGUUGGAAUCCAAAAAAAAAACAGUAAGUUAUCUUUAUAUUACACAUGAUGUCACUUGUAAUAUGUCAGAGUUGGAGCUGAAAGUCAAUGAUUCAGCAACAAUUUUCAUAAUUGAAGAACCAGUUUUAAGCAAAAUGCCAAGAAUUCACUGGUUCCUGCUUCUCAAAUGUGAAUAUUUGCUUGUUUUGUGAUAGUAAGAGGAAUAUCUUUGGAUUUUACUCGGACAAAACAAGCAACCUGAAUGUGUAAACUUAGAAUAAUUUGCAUUUUCUUUACUGUUUUGGCAUUAAAUGAUAAAUUGAGAAAAUAAUCUGCCAUGAAAAUAAUUUUUAUUUGUUGUAACCUCAUAGGGAAAAUUACCAUAUUAAAUAAUUUAGUUCACUCACAGUCAAACUGAACCGAUCUCUUCUCACACGCCCACCAUCUCAUCUUCAGCCUUAAAGCUGUUAUUAGCCAUUAUUUACUUACAGAGAGUCCUCCUGACCUCCAUGAUGGUUCCAGAUGUGGUUGCGAGGAGACUUGUGACACAAAGACUCUACACUGCAACACACACACACACACACACACACACACACGGCACCACCACCAUCUCUAUCUUCAUACUGCGCUUCCUGCAGAACAAGCUCCAGACAAUCAGCAACAAACAGCAGAGCGUGAGGACCGGAGAUUCGCCUGUAACACCGUCAGACAACUGUGCUAACGAUGAUGCAUAGCAAUAUAAAGUGU